ACGCAACAGAAAAGGAAGCCGCCGAGCCGCGUCACUCACCCGCAUCCCGUUCCGUUCCGGUCGCCUUCUUCCUCCGCCUCCGACCGCCGCGCCGCCCGAGUCCACCCCAAGUCGUCGUCCCCCGCCCUCCGCCUCCCCCCUCCGAAGCUCUAGCCCCGAAGAUCUCUCGUCCUCCCUCCUCCAGAUUGGAGAAUUGCGAGUUUGUUGCUGCGGGGUGGGCGAUCGGUUGGUUAUUGGGUUGGGCGUGUGGGCGAUGGGGAAGGCCGGAGGAGGGGAGGGGGGUGCGGCGGGGGCGUGGUACGUCAGCAGGGAGGAGGUUGAGCGCGGGUCGCCGUCGAGGAGGGAUGGCGUUGGCGCCGCCAAGGAGGCCGAGCUCCGGGCGACCUACUGCUCCUUCAUCCGCGACGUCGGCAUCAGGCUGCAGCUGCCUCAGGUGACAAUCGCGUCAGCAAUCAUGCUUUGCCAUCGCUUUUAUCUCCGACAGUCGCACGCCAAGAACGAGUGGCAGACUGUUGCAACUGUCUGCGUAUUUCUUGCUUCGAAGAUUGAAGAUACACCUUGCUCACUACAACGUGUUAUCAUUGUGGCAUAUGAAACAAUGUAUCGGAAAGACUGUAAUGCUGCUCACAGAAUCUACCAGAAGGAAAUUCUUGAGAAGCAGAAGGAGCUAAUUUUGGUAGGGGAGACGCUGUUACUUUCGACUAUUAGGUUUGAUUUCAACAUACAGCAUCCUUACGAGCCAUUAAAGCUCGCUCUCAAGAAACUGGGGAUUUUCCGGAUGGAAUUGAAACAAGUUGCAGUGAACCUAAUAAACGAUGCGCUUCGGACUACUUUGGUUGUACAGUUUAAACCACACUACAUAGCAGCAGGGUCCCUCUACCUUGCUGCUAAGUUUAAUAAUGUCAGACUUCCUUCCGAAAACGGAAAAGAUGGAAAAGUAUGGUGGCAUGAGUUUGAUGUUGCUCCAAAGCAGUUAGAAGCUGUUAUCCAGCAAAUGACAGAGCUAUUUAUAGGAAGAAACCCAUGCUCCAUUAGUCCUGUAAUCAGGGCGCCACCAACUCCAUCACUGAUGGAGAGAAGGCAGAUAAUCAGGCGACCGCCAACUCCAACUCUGAUGCAAAGACAACAACAGAUAACAAGCUCUUUGGGCGCUGUUAUGAGGCAUACACACUCUUCAAGAGGAAGCCUAAGCAGUAACUUCGAUAUAGACGCUUCUAGGUGCUUGCCUGUGGACAUUUCAGCUAAUCACAAAUCAGCUAUUUGCUCAGCAAGGAAUGAAGGCAAUCAGUCACUGCGAGUGCAUAUGGGUCAUAGCAAUGGCAGUGAUGCAAGGUUUAAGAAACAAACUCCCCUGGGAGCUCUGAGAACAGAUCAUGUUUACCAUGUUUUCAGCGAACCAAAGGAUCUUCAUGUGACAGGAAUUAGGGACUUUGUGAGACAGAAGAGACCGUUCCAUGAAGUUGGAGAGCAUCCAGCUCCAGUUGACAGAUCUGACAGAGGUGCUUGGAUCAGGAAGCAACAUGGAAGAAAUGUGAUAGUGGUUGACACCAAGUCAUCAUCUUGGAAGAGACAGAAGCUAUGAUCUGAGAUAAGUUAGUCAUAUCUGUUUGUAAAGCCCGUUGUUUUAGAUUUAUAGUUUCCCACCAAAACAAAGGUUUCCUAGAAAAAGGUGAGAUGAAGUAUCAUCAUGAAAGAUGAUAUGGAUCGAGUAACUUAAUCUGCUGGCGUACAGCAAUCUCGAAAUUUUCUUUGAGAGGACAACAAAGUGAUUCAGAUUCACAUUUCAA